AUGACCGAACAUGAGUCUUUAGGCCUGGAGCAAAAUCAAGACGGCGGUGACACUUAUAGACAUCACAACCUAAGCGAUGGGUGUAUUUCGAGUGUUGAAGACGCCAACGAGCAGCCUAGUUCGUAUGAAGAGGAAAGUGAUGAUGAUAUGCAAUAUUACGAACGUGCGAUCCAGGAAAUUUCUAGCGGUGACUCAUAUGUUUGUAUGAUUUGUACAGUAGAGAUGGAUUAUACGUGCCAAAUGUUUGCUUGCAAGAGAUGUUAUAGAGUGUUUGAUUACGGAUGCAUAAGAGAAUGGGCGUUAAAAUCAACGGAAAAAACCGUAGAUAGAAUAUGGAAAUGUCCAAACUGCUAUUAUGUUAGCAAAAGAGUUCCGGUAAAAAAUCGGCCCACAUGUUGGUGCGGUAAAGUUGUUAAUCCUGAUCCGAAUCCGCUGGAUCCUAACUCAUGUGGACAAACCUGCAAUGCUUCUACUUGUAUGCAUGGUUGUUCCAAAAUUUGUCAUCUAGGGCCGCAUCCAGAGUGUACUAGAAUGGUCGAGAUUAUGUGCCACUGUGGUAAGCAUUCGAAAAGUAUCUUUUGUUACCAGUCUAAAGUUAUGAAAAAAAACUUCAACUGUCAAGAAGUAUGUGGAUUGCCUUUAUCUUGCUCCAUCCACACCUGUAAAAAGAAAUGCCACCCUGGCUUAUGUGGGCCAUGUCCAGAAAUGAUAAUUAGUAAAGAUAGUCCGAAAAAGCAAAUAAAAUGCUACUGUGGUAACCACACUCGUGCUAACAUAAAGUGUAGUGAAACAAAGUUUCCCAAGUCCGGUAAGUCGUCGAAGGAUGAAAAUGGGAACAGGUGGAUAGGCGUGUUUGCCUGUGCAGAUAAUAGAGUUGUCGACUACUCAUGUCGCAAGCAUUCAUUCAUAGAAUCUUGCAUAAGCCCACCCACAAUUAAUGGAGAAAAGGCAUGCCCAUUUUUGCCUAGCUCUUUGAAAACUUGUCCCUGUGGCCGGACAGCCCUAGAGGAACUGACUAAGCCUCGUAAGCAUUGUGAUGAUCCGAUACCAACCUGCGACUCAAGAUGCGGUAAACCACUAAAAUGUGGCAAACAUUCGUGCCCCUUCACUUGUCAUGAUAAAGCCUGUAUGGAACCCUGCUUGCAAAUUGAUAGUGUAAAAUGUGCUUGUGAGCAAAGUACAUUUUCAGUUCCAUGUGGAUUUCAAGGAAGGCCUCGCUGCAAUAUUAAAUGCGAAUCCCUGAUGUCAUGCCGUAGACAUAGAUGCACCGAUAGGUGCUGCAGUGGUAGGCCAUCGGCGAUAAGAAGGAAGAAAAACUUGUUCAGAACGCAAGAUUUGUUGGAUGAGUCUCUUGUGGAAGCAAAACAUAUCUGCCUAAAACCGUGUAACUUGACCCUAUCAUGUGGAAUUCAUAAAUGUCAGAGAAAAUGUCACCCAGGAAAGUGUCCGCCCUGUUUAGAGAGUGAUUCGAACGAUCUGGUCUGCCCAUGUGGCAAUACAGUUGUUCCUGCACCCGUGCGUUGUGGCACGAAGCUACCUACAUGUAAUCAUCCAUGUAUUAAAGUUGUGCGUGGCGAAUCUACGUGUGGUCAUAAACCAAUGCCACAUACCUGUCAUUCCUUGGAUGUGUCGUGCCCGCCAUGUACGGAAACCGUAUUUAAACCUUGUAAAUGUGGGAAGAAAACUAAAGUGAGAACGGUUUGUUUUCAAACAGACGUAUCAUGUGGAAUAAAAUGUGGGAUACCACUCUCUUACUGUUAUCAUACCUGCCAAAAAACAUGUCAUUUACCAGGAAAUUGCCAAAAGGUGUGUAAACAGACCUGUGGGCAAAAAAGGCUCAAUUGUAAUCAUGAAUGUCCUAAACCGUGCCAUGGUAAGACAGAGUGUCCCGAUUUACCUUGUGCCACGCUAGUGAAAAUUUAUUGUAAAUGUGGAAGGAUCAAAAAAAGUGUUACUUGUGGCGCAAAAAGUGAUAGAGUAAGUGUAACUGAAUCUUCCGUGCUGGAUUGCAAUGAAGAAUGUGAAGCUUUGAAACGACUAAAGGAAUUGAAGGAGGCAUUUGGAAUUAAGGAAGAAACCAAUAAUUUUACAAGUAAUGAACUAGAUGCGUUAAAAAAACUGGUCUCUGUUGCUACAACAUUUGAAGAACUGCAGUUACCGUUUACAGAGGCAGCAUUAUCAGUAUAUUCAAAGCAAGAAAGAUGGUGUUCACAAAUUGAAGCUAUUCUUAAUAAAUUAAUGGACGAUAAAACACGUUCAAGCUUGCAUUUCAAACCUAUGAGGCCUCCUCAACGCCACUUCAUCCGUGAACUAGCCAAAGCUUACGGCCUAUAUUCCGAGUCUCAGGACAGAGAGCCCAUGAGAUCUGUAUUUAUUAAGAAAGAAGAUAAUGGCGCAAGCAAUAAACCAGUCUUAUCAUUAGCAGAAGCUUACCCACUAUAUGAAUCAUUUAAACAAUUGCAGAAGGAAAGGAAAGCACAAGAAUUUCAAGCUCGCACCACAGCUAAACUAAUCAACUUCGAGGUUCAAGAUACGGAACCUAAAGUAGAGGUGGCUAAGAAAAAUGGUUUUUUGGUUCAAAAUUUGGUUGCUGGAAAUACUGCCGAAGAUCUAAGGAGAUUUUUUGAACCACAUCUCAAGCAUACGUUAGUAGUGAAUCCUCAAUACCUAAUCCUUGAUGAUGGCAAAACAGCACUAGUGUAUCCUGAAAAUUACGAAACAGCAUCCGUGAAUACCGAACGUGACAUGGAGCUUUUGGUUGGACACUUCGAUUUUAUGGCCAAAGAGGCAUUUUUGGCCGAUUCCAUUUCGUUGUGUUCAACUGAAGAAGAACUUGAAAGAAGGUUGGAUACGCCCGUAAUUCAAGAGGAUAGUCCUGUAAUGGAUAAUAAUACAUGA